AUGAAAUCAAUGCAGGAUGAAACAUUGAUGCCACCGCGUUGCUGUCAAAAAAUAAUUCCAAUUGAUUUAGCGAAAUUAACAUCGACACAAAUAGAAAAUUUUCAUGCCAAACAUCUUGAAUAUUCCACAAAAGAUCGUCUUUAUUGUUCACAACCUACUUGCUCGACUUUUAUUCCUCCAAAACGUAUCGUUAAUGGUAUUGGUACAUGUCCAAAAUCUGGCUGUGGAAUAACAACGUGUUCUAUAUGCAAAGCGGCUAGUCAUGGUAAACUGGAUUGUCCUAAGGAUGAAGCAACAGCAGCUGUUCUUGCUACAGCUCGUAAAGCUGGUUGGACUCGUUGCUAUCAAUGUCGAACAAUGGUAGAGUUGACACAUGGCUGUUACCAUAUGACUUGUCGAUGUCGUGCCGAAUUUUGUUAUGUGUGUUCAACACCUUGGAAAAAUUGUAAAUGUCCUCAAUGGGAUGAAGAACGUCUUUUUGUAGAAGCUCGUGUACGUACUGCAAGAAUUCCUGCUCGUCAAAUAGCACAAACCAACAAUAGAAUAAAUUUUAAUGAAGCUGUACAGCGCAUGGCUAACCAAUUGCGUGCUAAUCAUGAAUGCCGACACACCAAUGGAUGGGCAUAUACACGAGGUGGUGGUAGAUGCGAAGAAUGUGGUAACUACUUACCACAAUAUCUAUUCCGUUGUUACCAAUGUCAUUUGAUGGCUUGUAAUCGGUGCCGACGUAAUCGAUUAUAA